UCUGGGCAUCGAAUAGUCAGUAUGUUUCUACGCGUACUGCUCAAUACGGAGUACCGCCAGCAGGUGUUCUAUUAGCGCUUGCACGGCGUGUUGAGUCACUGGCCGAAAUACAACUCGAUGCCACAACCCACCAGCUUCUCCGGAGGUCCUGCCACACAACAUCUCCAAGAGCACACAAAAAGGGCUCCUUGGUCAUAAUAGGAUAUGAGUUUCCUUUCCAUUUUUCACGCCAAUCUUUUCCCCGGAUCAAAUCUUUGCCAGCAACAUGCAAUUUCCAGCACUACUCCUCUCGCUGCCAGGCGAGCUUCGCAAUCAGAUCUACCGCGACUAUCUUUGCGACGACACCGAAGAUGGAUAUGUUUACGACUUUGAAGCCGGCAAAGUGAGAAAGGCAAACAAUCAGCCGAUCGAGCUCGAUUUGAUGCACACCUGCAAGCUCAUUGCCCAAGAGAUGCGAGGGCUGGCGCUGAGCCUCCACUCCAUCGCAUUUUCAACACACUACUCACGACAACUUCGCACCAGAGCUGCACGUUGGGCUUAUUUUGUCUCGCGAUUCAGAAGCCAUGUCGGUUGGUACAAGGUGACCCAGAUUGUGCCCGCAGAGGUGGUCCAAGAAGUAGCUGGUCCACAAUCCUUUAUCCAUGCCAUCUUCUGCCAUUACAAAAACAGCAGUCUUCCGAGCUUUGAUAGGGUGGCCAAAGCUGUCACUGAACCUGCCUGUCGCGCCGAUGUCGGCACGCCGACCGAACAUGAAAACUUCGAAUAUGACACGAGACGAUGGGAUGUGAGAGGCGGCCUGGCUGCCUACCUUGACGUUAUAAAGGAACCGUGGAGAACUCCAACCGACGACGAGCUUGAUAGGAUCGGUGCCCGUCUACCCAUACGCAAACGAGAGGCUUCAGCAGCUCUCAGAGCUAUGUGGCGGGACCACCCUGGCAGGUUCAGAUUUUCUGCAGCAGCCGCAAGAUCGGUGGCCCAUCCCGAGUGCCCUAUACGCGGUCUUUUGCCUUUUUACCUGGAAAGCCCAGGACUCAUAAUAGGGCGACGUGCUAGUCUUUGGAACAAUCUCUUCCAAGCAAGAGCUUGGGGCGAGGCUAGCGGGCAAUUUCUAGAUCCUUUCAGCAGGUUCACGGUUGGCCUGCUCAACUGGGGCGCGACGGACCAUGAUGCCUUGCCGGCGAACCAUGUCACGAGGCAAGUAGCGUUAUGGAUGGCAGAAGCCUCACAUCCUGGUAUAUCUGACGCCUUCAACUUGGUUCUCGACGGCGGCCCAACACAGGACCGGUCAGACGACGUGUUUCGCGAAGCCGCUCAGCGAGACGCUGCUUGGCAAGUUGCAAAGGAACGUCGGUUCAACGAUCCUAAGUGCACUCUCUGGAUGCGGAUGGAAACUGCGGAAAAUUGCUGGCAUGUUGUUAGGUUCCCUCAGCUGCUGGCCGACAUCAAUAAGCCAACAUCACGCACAAGAUGCAAUUUCGACCCAGGUCAACCAUGGGACGACGACCAGAUCAACCAGAUCAUCAGCGCCAACAAGAUCGCCGAAGAUGCCCUUUCGCCCAGUCGUUAUGACAUGAACAUGCAGCUGCUCCCCGUGGAUCCAUUAGACGCAUGGGGGUUGGGGAGGGACUUAGACUUCGACACGGCUUCUCCCUUGAAGUCAUUUGAUUGUCUUCCUGAAGAAAACAUGGAUCCGGGACAUUUGGCUUGGUAG